AGUGAGAGCAUUACGUCACUUUUGUUGCCCCGGAAGCAGUGACGAAUCUGCAUUGAAUGAAGCAUACUGCAUUUUGGUAAACAUAUCGCUCAUGUGGAUUUAAGUGUUCUGACACUACGAUGGCAGAGAGUGAGGUCGAAACGCCGAGUACUCCGAUCGAGUUUGACAGCAAAUACUUCGAGUUUGAUGGGAUUCGUCUGCCUCCCUUCUGCAGAGGAAAGAUGGAGGAGAUCGCCAACUUCUCCAUCAGAGGGAGUGACAUAUGGAUUAUAACCUACCCGAAGUCAGGCACCAGUCUACUUCAAGAGGUUGUGUAUCUUGUGAGUCAAGGAGCAGACCCAAAUGAGAUUGGCUUUAUGAACAUUGAUGAACAGUUGCCUGUCUUAGAGUACCCUCAACCAGGCCUGGACAUCAUAAAGGAGCUUAUGUCCCCCCGCCUGAUCAAAAGUCAUCUUCCCUACCGAUUCCUUCCCUCAGGAAUACACAAUGGAGAGGCAAAGGUAAUAUACAUGGCUCGUAACCCAAAAGACUUGGUAGUAUCCUACUACCAGUUCCACCGAUCUCUUAGGACCAUGAGCUACCGAGGAACCUUCCAAGAGUUCUGCCAGCGUUUCAUGAAUGAAAAGUUAGGAUAUGGUUCCUGGUUUGAACAUGUUUUAGAAUUUUGGGAACAUCGUAUGGACUCUAAUGUCCUCUUCUUGAAAUAUGAAGAUAUGUACAAGGAUCUUGGAGCUUUGGUGGAGCAGCUAGCAUGGUUCCUGGGUGUGUCGUGUGACAAGGCUCAGCACGAGGCCCUGGUGGAGAGCUGCAACCAGCUUAUUGAGCAGUGUUGCAGCUCGGAGGUGCAGUCAAUUGGGUCAAGCAAGUGGACACACAUUUGUAAAUGAUUACAAGAUAAUGAGAUAUUAUUGCAUUAAAAGCAGAAAUAACAUUUUUCUACAUAAUUGGAACUUUAUAUUGUUACACACAUACAAACCCCGUUUCCAUAUGAGUUGGGAAAUUGUGUUACAAUGAUUUGCAAAUCCUUUUCAACCCAUAUUCAAUUGAAUGCACUACAAAGACAAGAUAUUUGAUGUUCAAACUCAUAAACUUUUUUUUUUUUUGCAAAUAAUAAUUAACUUAGAAUUUCAUGGCUGCAACACGUGCCAAAGUAGUUGGGAAAGGGCAUGUUCACCACUGUGUUACAUCACAUUUUUUUUAACAACACUCAAUAAACGUUUGGGAACUGAGGAAACUAAUUGUUGAAGCUUUGAAAGUGGAAUUCUUUACUGUUCAUGCUUGAUGUACAGCUUAAGUUGUUCAACAGUCCGGGGUCUUGUUGUCGUAUUUUACGCUUCAUAAUGCGCCACACAUUUUCGAUGGAAGACAUGUCUGGACUGCAGGCGGGCCAGUAAAGUACCCGCACUCUUUUGCUAUGAAGUCCCUGAAAUAAGCAGGGGUGUCCAUGAUACCGUUGCUUGGAUGACAACAUGUUGCUCCAAAACCUGUAUGGACCAUUCAGCAUUAAUGGUGCCUUCACAGAUGUGUAAGUUUCCUAUGCCUUGGGCAGUAAUACACCCCCAUACCAUCACAGAUGCUAGCUUUUGAACUUUGCGCCUAUAACAAUCCGGAUGGUUAUUUUCCUCUUUGUUCCGGAGGACACCAUGUCCAGUUUCCAAAUAUAGUUUGAAAUGUGGACUCGUCAGACCACAGAACACUUUUCCACUUUGCAUCAGUCCAUCUUAGAUGAGCUCAGACCCAGCGAAGCUGGCGGCGUUCCUGGGUGUUGUUGAUAAAUGGCUUUUGCUUUGCAUAGUAGAGUUUUAACUAGCACUUACAGGUGUAGCGACCAACUGUAAAAAAUCAAAUCAAAUCAAAUCAACUUUAUUUAUAAAGCACAUUUAAAAUUUACCACAGGGGUAGCCCAAGUGCUGUACAAUGGACCGGUUAAAAGAUAAUACGAGGACCAAGCAAACAACACAACACAAACAGAACAUGAUAAAAAAAAACAAAAAAGAAAACAUAAAAACAGGUUCACAGCAGGUGUAUAAUGGGGUGUCAUUGCAGGAUGGAUAUCACUUAAUGUUAAAAGCCAAGGAAUAAAACUAUGUUUUUAAGAGAGAUUUAAAAACAGGAAGAGAGGAGGCUUGUCUAACACUCAGAGGUAGGUCGUUCCAGAGCUUGGGAGCAGCAGCAGCAAAACCUCUGUCACCCCUAAGCUUCAACCUUGUGCCAGGGACCGUCAGUAGCAGCUGAUCGGCUGAUCUUAGGGAUCGGGUGGGGCAGUAAGGCUGAAGAAGGUCGGAGAGAUAUGUUGGCGCGAGGUUGUUUAGACAUUUAAAAACAAGUAGAAGGAGUUUAAAAUUGAUUCAAUAACGCACAGGGAGCCAGUGAAGGGACGCUAAUAUAGGGGUGAUGUGCUCACGUCUGCGGGUCUGUGUUAGCAGACGAGCAGCAGAGUUCUGCACGAGCUGCAGGCGGGCGAGGGAGGCCUGGCUAAUGCCAACAUACAGGGAUGGCCUUGCAGUAGUCUAAACGAUUCAAGAUAAAGGCGUGAAUUAAUUUAUCAAGGUCAUGUCCUGACAGAAGCGGUUUCACUUUCGCUAUUUGGCGUAAUUGAUCAAAGCUUUUUUCAACGACGCUGCUGAUUUGUUUUUUGAAUUUAAAAUCUGAGUCAAACUUUACCCCCAGGUUUGUGACACAGUCGCUGAGAUACGGGGUCAGAUUGCCGAGGUCAACGCUGGGUGAGGGAGAGCGACUUGGACCGAACAACAUAACUUCUGUUUUGUCUUCAUUUAAGACUCAGGAAGUUAGCUGAAAGCCAGGCUUUGAUGUCGUGCAGGCAGUCAAUGAGACGUUGAACUGUGUUGUUUUGUGCCAUGGGAAAAUAGAUCUGGCAAUCAUCGGCUUGAAAAUUAAAUGCGAUGCCAUACUUCCUAAAAAUAGAACCAAGGGGGAGAAGGUAAAGCGCAAAUAAGAUUGUGGCAAGGAUUGAGCCCUGGGGGACCCCGUGUGGUAGAGGAGCUGUGGAAGACAUAAAACUGUCUAUUUUUACACAAAAACUCCUGUCGGCUAGGUACGACCGGAACCAUUUGAGGGCGGCGCCCUUAAUACCCACACAGUUCUCAAGACGAGUGAUUAAGGUGGCGCGGUCGACAGUGUCGAACGCGGCAGACAGACCUAAAAGCACUAGGACGACAUAUUUGCCAGAAUCAGUUGACAGGAGGAUAUUGUUAAAAACUUUUAGAAGCGCUGACUCUGUGCUGUGGAGGGCUUUAAAACCGGACUGGAACAGCUCAGUGAUACCAUUAUCCUCUAAGAAGGGCAACAACUGACUGUAGACAACCUUCUCUAAUAUUUUGGAAAUGUAUGGAAGAUUAGAGAUAGGUCUAAGGUUAGAGAGGAGAGAGGGAAUCCAGGCUUGUUUUUUUAAGUAAAGGUCGUACCACUGCAUGUUUAAACUCUACUGGAACUAUUCCAGAAGAGAGGCUACUAUUGAUAAUGUUAAGGACACCUGAUCCCAUAGUAGCAAGUACCUCCUUAAACAGGCGAGGUGGGAGGGCAUCUGCAGGAGAACCAGAGGGCUUCAUAUGACUAACUGUGUCAUUUAAAAAAGAAAAGGACACCGGCUCAAACUGAUGGAAAACAGAAGAGAAAUGCAGAGGAACAGAAGGGUCAUAUGAAGGCUGGGAUAAACUGGCUCUAAUUGACGCAAUUUUGUCUGUGAUAAAAUGGAAACAAUUUUCACAGAAUUCAAAAGAAGCAUCAAAACCAACAGAUUUGGGAGCAUCAAUGACAGUGUUAAUAGUUUUGAACAUAACUCUGGGGUUGUUCCAGUUAAAAGAUAGAAUCUGAGAUAGAUAUAUAUUCAUCUCUGCUUUUACAGUCAUCUGAAAGGAAAGCAGGCUUUCUCUAAAAAUGGCAAAGGACACAUGCAGCCUGUCCUUUUUCCAUCUUCUCUUUGCUCUUCUGCAUUCGCGCCUGGCCGCACGAGUGACCUCAUUCAACCAGGGCUGAGGCGUGGCUUUAGAGCGACGGUACUUGAAAGGAGCGAUCGUGUCCAGUGUUUGUAAACAAAUAGAGUUGAACCCAGAAACCAACUCUUCAGUAUUUGGACAUACAGAGGCUGCAGAAUUAUGAUCACAAAGAGUUGAAAAAAUGGAGGAGAACAGAGCAGGAGAUGACGAAUUAAACAUGCGAGAGUGUUGAGGCGGAACGCACAAUUUAACCGGACACUGAGUGGGAAGAUCAAACAGGAUCGGCAUAUGAUCAGAGAACACAGCGUCGCAAAUGUCCAAAUUUAAAACACACAAACCAUACGAGAGCACUAAAUCGAGUGUAUUCCCGGGUUCGUGUGUAGAACCACACACAGACUGUACAAAGUUAAAAGAGUCAAUGACAUUCAGGAAGCUCCUGUAUAAAGGUUCGUCUGGGCAGCAGGUGUGAAUAUUGAAAUCAUCAACAAUUAGGACACGAUCAUAUUUGGGGAGGAUUUCGGCCAGAAAUUCAGAAAAGUCAUUUAUAAAGUCUUUGUGGUACUUGGGUGGUCGAUAUAUGACGGCACACAGGACGACAUCAGAAAGACCCAGUUCAAAUAUGCAUAGUUCGAAGCUUGAAAAGGAGAAUUGCAGGUGGUUCUGACGGCAUUUAAAGUGAUUUUUAAAAACGACUGCUAAUUCUCCUCCUUUUCGGCCGGACGACCGCGGAGAAUCAAAAUAGGAACACUCCGGAGGCAGAAGUUCAUUAAGAGCGGCGGACUCCCCGACUCUCAGCCAUGUUUCUGUCAAACAGAGGAGGUCCAGUCUGCGGGAGACGAAUAAAUCCUUCAGGAUAAAUGUUUUGUUGGUCAAGGAUCUUGCUAAACAAGACCGAACUUAACGGGGGCCGGCGCGUCCAAGGCCGCUGCGUCCAAGGCCGCUGCUAAUCCAGAUGGGGCCCGACACACAGCCCGCAGGUGGCGGGAAUUCACGGCGCACCUCCGGGAGCGGGGACAGCAGGACCGAGGCGGGCAAGCUUCCCUCUGCGGACUGACGACUGGAACAAUCCAGGACCCGGCGGGAUCCAGCGAACGCGGGUGCAGGAAGAAACCAGGUACUGGACCAUACCUCCUUCGGGAAGCCACGGAAAGCCGGGCCAGGAGUGCCCUAACUCUCACCAGCUGGCCACCAGAUUUGCUGCGGCGCCGGUGGCGCUUUUGCCGGGGGGGAGGAGCCAUUGGGCGAAAAAGGAAAGCAGGAAUCCGGCCAGGUGAGAAUACUGACUUGGACGUCGAAAAACCAACGUAGAAGUUGAUCAUGUCCGUGUGAGAGGGACACAGAUCCAACAGCGUUUGGCGAUCAUACACCAACAGUGAGCUGACAGGGACAACAAAAAACGUGAACAGCACAAAAACAAACAGAGCUGACAGCGGAAGACAGCAAGCCACAGCACAUACUGGCGCCAUCUUGGAUCAAGGCCUGUAGUUACUGACAGUGGUUUUAUGAAGUGUUCCUGAGCCCCUGUGGUGAUAUCCUUUACACACUGAUGUCGGUUUUUGAUGCAGUACCGCCUGAGGAAUCAAAGGUCCGUAAUCUCAUCGCUUACGUGCAGUGAUUUUUCCAGAUUCUCUGAACCUUUUGAUGAUUUUACGGACCAUAGAUGAUAAAAUCCCUAAAUUCCUUGCAAUAGCUCGUUGAGAAAUGUUGUUCUAAAACUGUUCGACAAUUCGCUUACAAAUUGGUGACCCUCGCCCCAUCCUUCUUUGUGAAUUACUUAGCAUUUCAUGUAAGCUGCUUUUAUACCCAAUCAUGGCACCCACCUGUUCCCAAUUAGGCUGCACACCUGUGGGAUGUUCCAAAUAAGUGUUUGAUGAGCAUUCCUCAACUUUAUCAGUAUUUAUUGCCACCUUUCCCAACUUCUUUGUCACGUGUUGCGGGCAUCAAAUUCUAAAGUUAAUGAUUAUUUGCAAAAAAUAAAUGUUCAUCAGUUUGGACAUCAAAUAUGUUGUCUUUGCAGCAUAUUCAACUGAAUAUGGUUUGAAAAUGAUUUGCAAAUCAUUGUAUUCCGUUUAUAUUUACAUCCAACACAAUUUCCCAACUUUUAUGGAAACGGGGUUUGUAUAUACAGUAAACAAAUAGUCGAUGUACAUAUACAGUACAUAUUCAUUUAGCCAACCAUAACUUCAAAACUGUUAUGUACGUAAGGGGUGGAAGGAGAAGACACCACGAAAAAACUCAGGUUACCAGGUUUAUUGUAACCUUUGAUGAUUGUGUGGGGGGUGCAUGCUACUCUGCGCGUUGGUUGCAGGACUAAGUGUGGAAUUAACCGUGUAAAUAAUACCAGAGGAUGUUGUACGUGCGGGAUGGAUGAAUUCUUUGUCCGUCCGAGAGGGUGAGGCACAAAGGAAGUCCGGGGACAGGCAGGAGGUCGAGGGCAGGAGAGAAACGACAAGGUCUGUGUCCAGGCAAGGGUCCAGGAUCAAGGGAGGCAGUCCAAAAUCCGGAUGGAGGUCGAGGCACAGAGCUCGAGCACACGGAACAAGGCGGGUACUGCGAGGGAGACAAGGAACAUGAGUCAAAAAGACAAAAGGACACGAGAACUUGGGCGAGGACAACAAGAGGGAAGCCAGAGACGUAAAAAUUAGUACUGAGAGUUAACAACUUUCCGGCGUAGGUUCCAAGGAAUGACUGGUCUCUAUACUGUCCUCCUGAUUGCUGCCAGGUGCGCUGAUCGCUGACAAUCGGCAGCUGCAGCGAAGCGUGGCCGUAAAGCGUUCGGCAUGUGCGGGGCGUGUACUGGCCCUGUGGGAUCAUGCUACGGGAGAAUUGUGGGUUCGAGACCGCGCCGUGACAAAAACCCUACAUUAAUGUUUUAUAUACACUACCGUUCAAAAGUUUGGGGUCACAUUGAAAUGUCCUUAUUUUUGAAGGAAAAGCACUGUACUUUUCAAUGAAAAUAACUUUAAACUAGUUUUAACUUUAAAGAAAUACACUCUAUACAUUGCUAAUGUGGCAAAUGACUAUUCUGACUCAAAAUUUGAGAAGCACUUUGCGAUACUAUUGUAACAAUUAGUCAUUUCCUGCAUAAAGUAUCUAAUACUGGUUGAGCUAUUUCAAUGUUUUGGUAACUACUGCAUGUUUUAAUGUUUGCUUAUCAAACUCUAAAACAGGGGUUGAAUCAUUUUGAGUUCUGUUUUCUUUCUAAAUAUCCAAGAGAAAAUAAAAGAAUAAAACAAACAUUUUAAGAUUCGUAUUUUAAUUUGAGGCCGUGUGUCCUUUGUCAUUUUUUUUUCUCUUGUCAUUAAUUUAUCCACAUUUUAUUAUAAUUUUUCUCUUUUAUGUCAAUGUUUCAUUAUGCUUUAUGUCAAGUUUGUCCUUUGUU